CAUGGAAAGCAGAUUGAUUUUCUAAACUUCAGUCCAGAAUGAACAUCCUCCUUCUCCUCACCCUCUGUCGGGUCUCAGAUGCUUGGAGUAUAGAACAUUUAACUGCUGUUCUAGGAGAGACUGUAACUAUCAGCUGUAACUAUCCUGAGAAGUUCAAGAGCAAACCCAAGUGUUUAGCCAAAAGAUUUGAUGACUCCCAUACCAUAGUGGUCAGUACCACAGAGGCUCCAAAAGGCAGAUUCUCCAUUUCUGAUGACAGAAGGUCUAACACCAUAAGUGUGAACAUCAUUAAUGUGACACAAGAAGAUUCAGGAGAUUAUUCCUGUAAAGUGAUGAAAGGAAACACCUUGAGAUGGAUUUAUCUUGAAAUUAUUGCAAGACCAAGUUCAACUCUGAAACCAACAACCUACAGGCACACAUCUCCACUAGGAACAACGUUUACAUCUAAAGGACAAUUCACAAGAUCAAGUUCAACUCUGGAACCAACAACCUACAGGAACACAUCUGUAGGGCAAACAGCAUUUACAUUUGAUGAACAAUUCAGUUUCGCCAUCAUCACUGCGUGUUUCUUUAUAGCUCUAAUACUGCUUGGAGGAUUAUUUAUGAUGAAAUACAGACAGAGACAGCACAAGACACAUGCUGCGAUCACUCGCUGUGUAGAUUCUGCUUGUAGAGGCCAAAAAACAACAGGUGGCGAUGAUGAAAAUGAUCCACCUAGACCAAACACCAAACAAUCAAAUUCAGAUCAUCAGAGCCCAAACUCCAACAUGAGCCAAUCGGCCAGUCUAUCAGGUUCAGACUACAAGAAACCAAACUCAUACCCUAACCAAUCACUUCCAGUCUACCAGAGUACAAAAUUCAACAACCGAUCAAAUUCUGACACAAGCCAAUCAGACUCAGACUAUGAGAAUCCAAACCCAUACCCUAACCAAUUAAAUUCAGCUUCCCAGAGCCAAUCAGAUUCAGUUUACCAGAGUCCAAACUCUGACACAAGCCAAUCAGAUUCAGACUAUGAGGAUCCAAACUCAUUCCUUAGCCAAUCACUUUCAGCCUACCAGAGCCCAAACUCCAACACCAAGCAAUCAGAUUCAGUCUACAAAAGUCCAAACUCUGACACAAGCCAAUCAGAUUCAGACUACGAGAAUCCAAACCCAUACCCUGGCCAAUCACUUCCAGCCUACCAGAGUCCAAACUCCAACACCAACCAAUCAGAUUCAGUCUACCAGAGUUUAGACCCUAAAACAAAGGACAUAAAUUCAGUCUACCACACUUUAGGUCCUAGACAUAUUAUAUUUAAGUAGGGCUGGCCCAAAUAAUUUGAUUACCUGAGCACUCAGGUAAUCAAAUUUGUGACUCUGUCCUUAGUUUAUUUACUGAAAGCAUUGAUUUCUUACACAAUAAUUUUAAUCUUAAAUAAAUUUUACCAGCAGAGUCGCUAAAAUAGAGAAAUUGUUAAUACAUAUGAAAAAAUUAUAGCUGGUUUAGUUUAAAAUGCAUCUUAUCUUCAAGUUCAUUUCAGGCAUCUCACCUUGUCAUAGAGCACCCCUUGUCAUGGGGACACAGAAGCUAAAAGGUAAAGCAUGUGUGCAACUGAUGACAGAUGUCUAGCACUGAUUAAGAGACUAAAAUGCUCCAAAUAUUAGCUUUUUGAAAUAUAUUAUUAUUUCAUUAUAAUAUAUUAUAUGCACAAAAAGUGCUGCUGGGUCAGCCCUAGAUUUCAAUGAUCAAACCUUUGGUGCCAAAAUAAAACAUUCUAGCAUGAAUAUGAGAAAAUGAAAGAACUUACAUAGAACGAUCACCUGUAGCAUAAUUAAGUGAAUGUGCAUUUCCGUUCUUAAUUUUACAAAAAAAAAAAAAAAGACUAAUAUAAAUUUUUCCUCUGCAUACUGUAAAAGUGUCAAUAUGUUGUAUAUAUUUGCUGAUUCAUUGGUUAAACAGGCAGUUCAAACUCUGCUGUAGUAUAGAAUGUCACCUCUACUGCCUAAAAUGACAUGAAAACCACUCAUUUUAGAUCAUUUCAUGAAUGUUGAUCAGCAGGUAUGUCACUGCAAGAGUUUCAAUUAUGUGAUUUAAUAUAAAUAAAUUACACAAGACAUUUUGA